AUGGCCGUUUUUCGACCCGCACGUGCCGUCGGAUCGGGCGUGGAAUUCGACCCGACGCGGCAUGCCCUCGGCUGUCCUUGGCGGGGGGAAAUGGCGAGCAUCGGUGGCACCUGUCGGCCGUGCUACGCGAAAGAGGCAACCAUAGGCGCAAAGGCGAGGCCGCUCGAUGAGUCGUCGGUCAGGCCGACGGCCACACGCGAACGACGUCGGAAGGCGCAGGAAUCGGAUUGUGACGUGACCUACCGUCCUUCGAGCAGGUUGCCCCCGCGCGAGACCGGCUGGUUCAUGGCUCCGUGGCGUGGCACAGCAGGAGCGCGAAGACGGUGGGAGGCGCGGGGAGUCUUGCCAAGCUGUCAAGAGGAAGAAGCGGAACCGGAGAUCGAAAGGGACCGUUGCGCGCUUGCGGGUUGGCCAGGGCCUGAGCAGCAGCCGGCGGCGGCAACCGCCAGCGGGACGGGAGUGAUCUUGAGACGAAUCGUGCGGUCCCGACGGUGGCAGCCUGACAGCGGCCCUGCGGGUGUCGCAUCCUGGACCGUGACCGGAUCCUGGGCGCACGCAUGUACAUAUUGGCUCCGCGCCGUGACCCGUGCGCGAGCAAUCCAAUGGGAUGCGUUCCAUGCCGUCGAGCCUCCCGUCCAGAUCUGGGGGCCGCGAGACCGGAGGACGGCCGGGACCCUUGACGAGCGUGGCCUCGGCCCUGUCGAGGCAAGCGACAGGGGCAUCGCCGUGGCAUGGUAUCGAAUGGAAUCGAGCGCCAUCCGUCUCGUGCCCCUUUCCACCUCGACCCGGUGUUCUGGAAGCCCCAGCUGGACCACGGUAGCACGCACUGCACCACCGACGCCCUCCCCGCCACCGUAUCCGAAUCCCGUGCCUGAACCGUCAGACACCUCAUCGACGCCAUCAACCAUGGACGACGGCCCCCCGAACCAGGAUCCAACGAUGGUCUCAACCCCGCCUCUCUUCAACUACCUUCUCUCCUUCGUUCUCGUUGGCCUCGCCUGGGGCCUCACAACCCCCUUCAUCCGCCGCGCCGCCCGCACCCACAAGCCGCCCGUCCACUCUUUCCGCUCCUCCUGGAUUCCCGCCAAGGUCGUCGCCGCCUUCUUCGCCGCCCUCGACCUCCUACGCAACCCCCGCUACGCCGUCCCGCUUCUUCUCAACCUCACCGGCAGCGUCUGGUUCUUUCUCCUCAUUGGGCAGGCCGGUGAUUACCCCCCGUCUGUUCUCUUCCCCCUUGUUCCGUCUGCUGAUUGCGAGCAAACGGCUGCCGGCAUGGGCCUUUCGCUCGUCGGAAUCGCCUUUCUCAUGUCGAGCACGAGUUUGGCUUGUUCUGGCCGUGUCCCAUUUCACAACCUCCGACCAAGAGUCCGGAACAGUCGAGUGUGCCUCCCACUUCUGUCCGGGUGCGCCGGCGAGAUUGCUCCACCUCUUGUCCUUGUCAUUUGCGUCAUCAUUACCACCAAGUGCCGCCAUCCUUUUCUCCAUGCACCCGCCGCCGUGUGGCUCAUCGUCGUCGGCUCCCGAGCCAUCGCAGAACGCCCCGGAGACUCGGGUCCUCCACCAUCCAGCGGCGGAGAAUCUGGUCCGAGGCUGCCAGCUGCGCGUACACGUAUUCGUCGCUUAUCGAAGCAAGUUCCUAUUGAAUCAACGGGCCACAUGUCAGUGGAUUGCUCUGCAUCAGUCGGCAACGCCCAUGACGUGCCCGCUUGCGCUGCCGCUUUUUCUCCCGAGAUGUUGGCCGAUGCUACGUACCGACUGGAGCUGAUGGUCGCACGCCUGGAGCAGACUUCGCGAAGUGAGAUCCGGCUGUCGGCCACAGAGGAUCAGUUCCCUUGUCUGUACCCAUCUCUCGGCGGCGGAUUGUCGCAUGCAAAUCUUUUGUGCUUGGUGCCGUCUCGAAAAGGCGUCGAGAAGAACCCUGCAGACGGAGGAAGCGGUACCAUUAGCCCGGAGGACCUUUUACGAAUCGCAUGUCGAGCAUUCGAAAACACGACGUCGUGCUGGGAGGGAAGAGUUGACGCACUUCUGCAGCUCUGCCUUGGCCUGUUCCUCCUCGCCGCCAAAAGUCACCGGCACUCUCGUGUCUGCUGCGCAUUCGAGGAUGCGGUGACCAUCAAUGGCGCACUGCUGAAGUAUCAGCCAUCCUUCCGUGUAGCUGUCUUGCACGUUUCCGGGCUCAUCGGGUGUCGAGGCGAUGUAGUGCUGCAGCGUCCUGAAGUCGGCGAGAAGCUCUGCGACACGUGCCGUGCGGUACCCGUUGACUGCGAAAGGCUGCCCAUUAGCCUGCUUCCGAUAAACAUGCCCCGUCCUCCUCGCACAGACAGUCGGCGUCUGAAGUGCAAAGCCCGGCUGCCUAGCAAGAAGGUCUGCCAACAACCGGCCGAGAUGGAGGCGCUCGUUGAUGAGUCGGGAGAUGCGCCAUUACGCAGUCGUGGCGUCUAUGAUGAGGAGAAGAGUCAGCAUCAUCUGGGACUUCAGUCUUGGAGUCGGCCAGACAAAGAAAGGGAUUCAAACAUUGGCACAGGACGGUUUUACGACGAGGCCGAAGACCGAGAUGGGCGAGCUUGCGAAUCCGAAAAGUGGACGGCGCAGCUCGAGUUCCUUGCGACCGUGUGGCUCAGUCGAGGGUUCCGUCCCACAUGUUCGCAACGAUGA